AUGGAUGUACCAGAGGGGAAUGGAAACCCUUUGGGCAAUGGACUCGGUCGAGCUAGGCAAACUCGACCGAUUGGUCAAGGAGAUGCUCCAAACCGCCACCAACAGAGACAAGGGAUUGUUCCACCACCAGUGCAGAACCACAACUUUGAGAUCAAGCUGGGAAUGAUCAACCUUGUCCAGAACAAGAUGUUCCAUGGAUUGCCAAGUGAAGACCCCAUUGACCACCUUGAUGAGUUUGAUAGGCUUUGUGAUUUGACAAAGAUCAAUGGUGUCUCUGAAGAUGCCAUCAAGCUGAGACUCUUUCCUAUGUCUCUAGCUGACAAAGCUCACCAAUGGGAGAAGAGCUUGCCCCAUGGCACAAUCACCACUUGGGAUGAAUGCAAGAAGGCCUUUCUUGCUAAGUUUUUCUCCACCGGUCGCACAGCCAAGCUUAGAGGAGAGAUAUCCAGCUUCAUCCAGCGAAACAAUGAGACAUUCGCAGAGGCUUGGGAGAGGUUCAAAGGCUACACAAGUCAGUGCCCACACCAUGGAUUCAACAAUGAAUCACUACUCUCCACUCUUUAUAGAGGAUGCUUGCCUAGGUAUAGGGAGAUGCUAGACACAGCUAGCAAUGGGAACUUCCUCAACCAGGAUGUAGAUGAUGGCUGGCAACUUGUGGAGAACAUAGCUAACUCAAAUGGAAGCUAUGGAGAAGAGUAUGAUCGCACCAACCGGAGCUCGACCCACCACUCGAUCGAGUCAGACGAAAAGUUGAGAAAAGAUGUUAAGGCAUUGAAUGAGAAGUUGGAUAAGCUGAUCCUAGCUCAGUCCACAAUGAAGAAAGUCAACUUUGUGUCUGCUGAGGAGAUGGAACCAGUCCAAGAAGGGGAGGAUACACAAUUUGCUGAGGUAUGCUACAUGAGCAAUGGGCAAGGAGGUUACAACAAAGGAUACUAUAAUUACAAGUCCAACCCUGCCAUGUCAUACCGCAACACUGAUGUUGCUAACCCUCAGGACCAAGUCUAUCCUCAACAACAAGCAGCUCGAUCGAGUCAAGGACACAACAUGGGCUUCCCCCACCAACCGCCCCAGCCUGCACCUUCACAAGAGAAUGAGCUCAAGGCAAUGCUAAAGCAACUACUUCAAGGGCAAGCUGAUGGGGUAGUGGACACAAGCAAGAAGCUAGCUGAAAUAAACUCUAAGAUCGAGAACCUCAACACAAGGGUUUACUCUCUGGAGAAUCAUGCUUCUUCUGUUGCUGCUGCUACAAAGCAAGGACAACUACCUGGUAAAGCUAUUCAGAACCCCAAGGAACAGUGCAAGGUCAUCUUCACUCAAGAAGGACUUGUUGAAGAAGAGGAUCAAGAAAGGGUCAUUGAAGAUUUUUGUUUACUGCUGAAUGAUGAAGAGAUUGUUGCUGCUGAGGCUCCUGGAGUCCAGAUUGAUCAACCAGAAGUGCAGCACCUACUGUGGCCAUUCACACUUCACCAGUUGAGCUCGCACGACAAGCUCGAUCGGCAGCUCGAUCGAGUCCAACUCUAG